ACCAGAAGCAGUCUCUGCUCCUUCUCGCAGCAGGCACACAAGAGAUAGUGAGUCAGUGUGUGACAGGAAGGAGAAGCUAGUGUCAAACAUGCCACUGUAUGCCACCAACAUGAGGAUGAAAUUUCCAGUUCUGGCCUUGAUUUUGCAGGCUCUCAUCAUUGUUCUUUAUAGUGUUUUUGUGGUGUAUGAUGAUGGCAAAUCAGAUCACAGUGACAACCACACUUCAGGAAGCCAUGGUGAACAUCCCCUGGCCCUCUAUCCUAUGUUUCAGGACGUUCAUGUGAUGAUCUUCAUUGGCUUUGGCUUCCUUAUGACCUUCCUGAAGCGCUACGGCUUCAGCAGUGUGGGAAUUAACCUGCUGCUGGCUGCCUUUGGCCUGCAGUGGGGCCUACUCAUGCAGAAUCUCUGGCAUAUGUCUAAUGGAAAGAUCAAAGUUUCCAUAUAUAGAAUGAUCAACGCAGACUUCAGCACAGCGACAGUGCUGAUCUCAUUUGGUGCUGUGCUUGGCAAAACGAGUCCAGUGCAGCUCCUCAUCAUGGCCUUGCUGGAGAUCACCAUCUUCUCCCUCAAUGAGCAUGUGGUGGUGGAAAUACUGGGGGCUUCUGAUGUUGGUGCUUCCAUGACUAUCCAUGCGUUUGGGGCUUACUUUGGUCUGGCUGUAGCCAGAAUGCUUUACCGCCCUGGUCUCCGCAACGGCCAUGAAAAUGAUGGAUCUGUCUACCACUCCGAUUUGUUCGCAAUGAUUGGUACCGUCUUCCUGUGGAUGUUCUGGCCAAGUUUCAACUCUGCUAUAGCUGGAACACCAGAGCAACAGCUGAUAGCCAUCACUAACACCUACUUCUCAUUGGCUGCCUGCGUCCUGGCUGCUUAUGCCACUUCCAGCUUGGUGGAAGAGAAGGGCAGACUGGACAUGGUGCACAUUCAGAACGCAACGCUAGCGGGUGGCGUUGCAGUGGGAACAUGCGCUGAUAUGAACAUUGGGCCUUUUGGAGCCAUGGUGAUCGGCGUCAUGGCUGGGAUAAUUUCCACUCUUGGCUUCAAGUUCCUCACACCCAAGUUUGCAUCCAAGCUAGGUAUUCAGGAUACAUGUGGGGUGCACAACCUCCAUGGCAUGCCUGGCCUUCUGGGUGGCAUGGCUGGCAUCAUCGCUACGGCUCUGCACAAGAAAGAAAAUGCUUUUCCACAGAAACAAGCAGCUGCUUUAGCUUCAUCUAUUGGUUUUGCCCUGGUGGGAGGAGCCAUCACUGGUCUUGUGAUGAAGAUUCCAUUCUGGGGACAGCCACCUGACCAGAACUGCUUUGACGACUCUGUCUAUUGGGAGGUUCCUGAGGAGGACGAAGAAAACGGGGAGAGUAUGACCCACGCAGAUCAUUCCAAAAGCAAGACAGAAGCCUGAAGCGCUCAUCUCAGCAUGUUCACACAUCACACAGUUCCAUAAGCAACUCAGGGUACUCAGCCAUUACCAGACCAUUAAACGAACGGCUCAAUCCAUCCAUACUCACACGCUGGUUAAAAUUCAGCCCUGUAUUAUCUCACCAUAGUUUGGCUUGAAAGAUUGUUGGUCCUCUUGAUGACUGUCUGCCUGCUUCAUUCUGCAGAGGUUUUUAUUUCUGUCUCAGCUAUGACCAUAUCAAACACAUGCAUGUCCACCAUAGAGUAACAUUUUCAAAAUAGUUCAUCCCAGCUAGGAAGCACCAGAUUCUUUUAUUUAAGGUUACCAAAUGAUAGAAUUUAUUUAUAAUUACAGAUGGGGAUGAGUUAAGAUUCUGAAAGAGCGUUAUAAAAAGAUUAACUUUGUAUGCUUACAAAGGAAUGGAAUGUUAAUAAGUUGGUAACAAUAAAUCGAUCCACAUCGACUGUGCAUCCA